GACAAAGCGGAUCAGAUUUGUGGGCGGAAUGCGUGCUGUGGGUCUUGCGGAGGAGUCGGGAAUGGGAUUGUGAAAAUUAGCAGUGUCGUGACUCGCUACUCGUACCCAGUGAAAGCCGGAACGAUCGGAGAGCGUCGGGAAGGAUUUCGAGAUGAUCAGAGUCGGAAAGGAAUUGGAUUCUAGUACUGGCAUUGUUCUGCUCACAAAUUGGAGUGGUCGGUGCACACCAUGGGGACGGACGUCUCGUUGCGUGCAAAAUUUUGGAGGCGGAUUUUGAGGCGGGUCGUUUCAGGGUCGGAAGGAGGCGGAGUCGCACCCAUCUAGGCCCCAUCUUCGGACCUGCCAAUCUCGAGCUCCUGCUUGCAUUUUAGCAUCCCAGCUGAGGGAUUAUUUGCGUGAGGAUGGCGAUUUCUACCUUUCGAUUUUGCCUGCCGAGUUGCGCAGGCGGGGGCAUGCAUUUCUCUUCCACUGCCCGGGUUAGCAAUAUGGUUUCGAUUUCUGGCAUACAGCAGCGCGGUUUUUGCGUGUGGCGACGUCACGAGAAUGCCACAACGCCGUCGCACUGUGAUCGAAACCAACAUCUGCUGAUGAAGAGCGGGAUCAGUGGCUUCUCCAUUGGUGCAAACCAAUUGGACAAGAAAUCUGGCAGUCUGAGCAUGCAAGCUGCUGCGCGGAAGAACGAAGACUGUUGCGAUCCUGGACGACUGCAUGAGCACGAGGCGCAGGAGGAGGAUGAGAGUUGCUUCAAGACUGCGUCGGAAAGCGAUCUCGUCAACAUUCUCGAAAUCAUCAGAGGGAAAGGCAAUUGGAGAUAUCAAAAGGUGAAGGAACUGAAGGCUCUACGCCUCAAGGUUGAUCCGACUCUCGUCUUCAAGGUGCUAACUCAGGAGAACGUCAGUCCUGGUCUGUCGUGGAAGUUCUUCGUCUGGGCCAAGAAGCAAAUGGGAUUCAAACACACCUCCGAAACGUACAACGCAAUGCUGGGGAUUUUGUGCGAGAGCCGGAAGUUCACGUCCAUAUUCUUCGUCCUCGAGGAUAUGCACGAGGAGGGGUGCAAUUUAACUGCCGACACUUGUAUGAAGAUGGCCAAGACUUUCGGCAGUGCAGGGCUCGUCGAACGAGCUCUCCACGCCUUGAAUCACAUGACCAGACUCGGGAGCCCGCCUACGGCUCAACAAUACAACACCCUCGUGAAUGCGCUGCUCAAGAAUCAACAUUUCUACAAAGCGUACAUUGCCUACACGGAGAUGGUUAGGUCAGGAUGCGAAGUCGAUUCGCACACGUUCAAGCUGCUGAUCAGAGAGCUUGACAGGGCAGGGAAAGUGGACUUAGCCAGCCAAUUAUACAACGAAAUGGUAGCAAAGGGUUGCGAACCUGAUGCCGAAAUCUCCAGCGUUCUGAUCGGAGUUCUGUGCAAGGCCGGUCGGGUUGAUGACGCGGUCCUUCUCUUCGAGAGAAUGAAGAACGAUGGGAUCCGGCCGAACGCGAGCAGGUACAAUACGCUCAUCCGGUAUUUGGGCAAGGACAACAAAGUGGAGAAGGCUCUAGAGAUCUUCGACGAACUUCGCUGCCACGGAUCCCUUCCGGACAAUGAUACGCUCUCAUCUCUCGUAAAUGCUCUGAGAAGCGAAGGGCGAGACGAGGACGCAGAUCGUUGCUGCGAGUAUAGCACCAGGUCGCAAGAAGAUGAAGGGGCCCCUCCAGUAGAAGGAGACGAAUGAAUGUCCAGGAAUUCCGUCGGAAUCUUGCACUGGAGCCUCGUUUUUUCCAAAUUGCCCGUCAAAUUUUGUAAAAGUAGACUCGACGAUGUGAUUCCAGUUGGGACGAAGUAUCAAGCAGAUCAAUGUCGUCGUCCCGUACAUGCUUGUGCUCUCGUGUGGCCGAUUAGAACGAACCAAACUCCGUACUGUACUGAAAGAAAGAUCCUCUUUCACCAUAGUACACCAAAAUCUCUCCAGAGUUCUCGAAUACGGCGGCUUGAUUUUUGCCCUUCGAGUGAAAAUGUCGGGAUUGACACUUCCGACCUACUCACUCAUUUUCCUCGAAGUCAAAAAUCACGAGUCCAACAUCUGGAGGUUCUGAUGACACGACAGGGUGUGUCCAAGAGCACGCCAAAGCGUCACACUGGGGGAUGCCACCACAUGCUCGUUCAGAAUUCUCCCCCUCCAAGUACAGUUGUGGGUACUGACGAGUUGCAGACAGCACUGUUGAUUCUUCAUUUAUAAAUCAACAAUGAUGUAUAUCUGCUAUUGUCCAGUAUAUGAAUAUACACACAUACACUUGGAAAAUAUACUGAUCAAAGUAAUCACUUAGCUAAGAAUAAUCAUUCUUUAUAUCAAUGUUCAAAUUUCCUCAUACAUCACAUUUAAAUUAAUAUCAAAGGAGUUCUGUAGGGAGAAUGCAACCAGCUGAUCAUUAAUGACGUACAAAGACUUCGUACUUUCUUGUGGUACUUGAUGCAGAAACAAGUGUAAGAUCUUGAAAUGAAAAAUC